UCAUGGAUUUGGCGCCAAAAGCCAGUUAACAGCAUAGCGAUGGCUGCUGACUGAUGGUGAGUUUGGCCAUGGAAGUGAAAUUGUCUCGCAUUUAGGCAGAAUUCAGAUAAGUUGAUUGUGAAAAAAAAUUAUCCUUUGCUAAAGAACUUACAAACUUUUAAGGAAAUUAUAAUCAAUGUCUAUUGAUUGAAACUUAGUUUCAAAAAUGGCAAAUUUUGGUAAUGAAGACGAAAGGUCUCAAGAUGGAAGUACGGCGAGCAUUUCUCGGCCUCUGACAAAACACUCAAAAGUGAUGAUUGUGUUCGAUUUUAUGGAACACUCACCUGGUAUUGGACUGAUUUCGCAUGUGGUAAAACCUGUAUUACCAGAAAUAGAAGAAGAUGCAGUUCCUUUGGUAUAAAUGUACAUUGAAAAACAUCGUAACCUUGCAAUCAGGUGGAAACCACCACUACCAACUGAUACAUCAUCUUGGCAUUUAACUCAGUACAGCAAUCUAGAAAGCUGCAAAAAUACAAUCAUCCGGCAAGCAACUGCAGUAUGCAUAUCAGAUGAUAAAGAUAUUUUAUCCAAUCAGCGGACUGCUCUUAUAAAAUAUAUGAUGAGCCAAAAUGAUCCAAGGGUAUCUGGACGUCCAAGAGCUCGAACUCAGUUACAGUAUCUCACAAACAUGGAACAGCUGUCUACUGCCUCUAAUACGAGUCUUGAUGAAAAUGUUGAAAGUUCAGAAGCAGAACCCUUAACAAAUCAAAAAGCAACUUACGAGGAUGUUGAAAGAGAACUAGCUGAAAGCGACGCCAAAAGGAUAAAACUUGAAAUUGACCAAAGGGAAAUGCAACAAAGGAUCAUUGCUCUCGAAGAAGAAAUAAAAACACUAAAAGAAGAUCCAGUUCGCAUACUUACUUCAACUGUUCGUGAGCACACUGUUAUUAUUCAAAGGUUCAUAGACGGAUCAGCAACAGAUCGACCAACCGUUGGCCAACUUCCUGGUACACCAAGACCUUCUCCUGGUUCAAAAGUUUCAACAACACCUGAUACAUUUACUCCAGUGAAAUUCCAUGGUAAUGUUACCAUUAAUCCACAAAAAUUGAGGGAAGCUAUUAUUUCUGGACGUACGAAAACACAAAACCCACAUAGGCGAUUAAACAAAACCGUUUCAAUUUUGUUAUCAGCGUGGUAUGAGCCAGCAGAAUUAGCUCAGUUUAGUCUAGCUGGGAAAGCAUGUCCUAGCAUUCCUGGAAGUAUUCCUAAGCCCAAGUUUCCGGAAGAUAUCCUAGAAGCAAUCGAAAGGUUCUUGAUUCCAAAAUGGGAAACUUGGCAUAGCAUCAUUUUAACCCCUGAACAAAUCAAAACUUCCGUUGGGGAUCGCUUGUUGUCAUGUCAUACGAGUGAAAAAAGUGACAAAAGGAAGAAAGAUGUGCAGUCUCCCAACACCACCGACUCAACGGGCCAAAAGAGAGGCAGAAGUUAUCCGUCCACCCUAUUCCUUGAAGAGACCGAUACUACCACCAUCCUCGACUGGCCUAAGGAUGUACUUAUUGCUAAGCUAUCUCUGUGCAUGUCCCACCUUCUAACUCAAUGUAAUCUUGUGUCAGACCUAGAGUCCUCUAACUCCAUCCUUCGUUGUCAACUGAACGAUCAUGUGCUACAAGUUGGUAAGCUCAAGGCUGACAUUGUGAACAUCAAACUGGCCUUUGCAGACAGCGUUCUCGGCGCUAGUCGUCUUUGUAACCCCUCUGUCUCCCCUAACCCUUCGUACGCUAUGGUUGCUCGUGGCCCUGCCACUAGUUCGGUGUUAGUUGCCAAAUGUGUUGCUGGUUCAGAGCCCCAGCAUCAGUAUCUAAUGGCGGUGGAAAAGAGGUUGGACACCCUCAAUACCGGCCUUAUCCCCUCUCACGUCCGUGUUAAGAACGACAAGAUGUUCAUCACUCUGGACAACGAAUUGGCGGUUUCCAAAGCUGCCGACAUCCUGAACAAACAACCUGAGUUUCGCUCUCAGUUUUCCCAGGCUUCCAAGCUAAAUUUUUUCUUUCCUGUUGUGGCUCUGUUUGUUGAUGUCACAGACCUCGACCAUCUUAAAUUUGAAUUAGAGCACCGUAACAAGCUAAUGAGGGGUCAAAUCCACUCCUUAAAGAAAGUCUAUUCUAAACCUAAUUCCCCGUUAGGUCACGUGAAAAUCUUCCUUCAGUCGCGGGAAGCCAGAGACAACAUUCUGCCAAAAAAAGACUCUGUCAAUGGUGUGAACUUUCGCGUGGUUCCCAUCGAUCUCGAUCGUGAGGUUAGACGAUGCUUUCGUUGCCAAAAAUACGGUCACAUCCAAGGGGUUUGCAAGGCAGUUACUUCUGCCUGCGGUAAAUGCUCUAAAUCUCACCGAACUAGCGAAUGCUCGGCAGCUAAAGAUGACUGGCGCUGUGUAAACUGCGACGGCCCCCACCAAACGGGCUCCCCUUCUUGUCAUGAGCAAAUUAAAGCUGUGGCCCGUUACAGAUCUUUUUUAGACAAAUAUGUGUAG